CGGAUAUGGAAGUGUAAAUGUAAAAGUUCAUGUCGGUCCGGUGUCUGGACCUUUCCAGUAACAACAGAAAUGGGAGUUACAGUCCAACAAAUAACCCCUGGGAAUGGUCAGACAUAUCCAAAGAAAGGACAAGUAGUAGUUGUCCAUUACACAGGGACAUUGGAGAAUGGACAAAAGUUUGAUUCCUCGCGAGACAGGGGGCAGCCAUUCAAAUUUAGGAUUGGUCACCAGGAAGUCAUCCGAGGCUGGGAUGAAGGCGUCGCUAAAAUGAGUAUCGGAGAGCGAGCUAUUCUGACCUGUAGUCCAGACUAUGGAUAUGGAAGCAUAGGAUACCCAGGAGUUAUUCCUCCCAAUUCAAAGCUUGUAUUUGAUGUAGAGCUGCUGAAGCUAGAAUGAGGCCACCCCAGACCACCUAUAUAUCUUAUUUAUUAAAACAUUUCCUUGACUUCAAUGGAACAACUUUAUUUACAAUGGAGGAAAGUGGAAGACGUAUCCAACAGAUUUUUUAUGUGUGCAUAUACACGUAUUUUGAGUAUUUUGAUAUGACUUUUGUGUUCAUUAGGAAUAUUUUAUUAUUAUCCAUGGAGUUACAAUUUUGUAUACUAAAUAGGUUUUUAAAGACAUAUAUGAAUAUUUUCUAUUUAUCACCUGUAUGUAAUUACCGAUGGUGAAUUUUUGUGAUGUAAUGAAACAUGGUUGUUUUAUUGAUUAUUUGUGACACAAGACCAUAGAUCUAAAAGGCGGCUGCAAAGUUCUUAGUGACAUGCAUCUUUGCCAGAAUAAGAUUUAUGUGUGUUGUUUAUAUAAAGUAAAAUAUGUCUUGCAGCAACUUGCAAAAAAUCUUUUAGCCCUGUAGUACAUGUGCCUACAAUGCAUUACAAAGUUUUUCUCUCACAGCUAGACUAUUUAUUUUCAAUGUUAAUUCAAUGUUAGGAUUUUUUGUUUCAUUAGUGUGUUUGUGUAUAAGAGCUUACUUGCCUGGUUAGAACACUGUGUUUUUGUGAAGAAGAUGGUCCUCUAUACAAUUUUGAGGCUACAUUAGCAAAAAUUAUGAUAAUUUAGUAGAAGUUAUGUUU